AUGACCCUGGUCGCCGCACGCGGACUGCCCGUGGACCAACGCGGGUGCUUCCAGGGCCACUGCCCGGCAGGCGGCGCCGCUGGCCGCGCUCCGCCGGGGGCGUCCGGCGCCCACGCGUCCGACAGCGAGGGGUGGCCGCCGUCCUGCUGCUGGCCGCCGGUGAGGAUCAGGGUCCCGGACGCCGACCUGAAAAAAUCAGGACGUCGCAUGUCUGGGUUCGCGAGCGCCGACAUGCCGAAGUUCGCUCUGGCGGGCCACUGCGGUGAGCCGAAGGGCACCAGGGUACAACACGCCGUCCUUCAGGGUCAUGCGGCAGGCGUCGUUGAAGAAGUGCGACGGGCCGUCUGUGCCACCGGCCACGACGGCCCGCGGAGAUCUCCAUCUGGAAAGCUGACCGCGGGGACCAGCCAGCAUCCUCGCGCUGAGUCCACUCACUGGCUGCGCGCGGUAGCAGGAAAAGCGCGACGGCAGUAG